GCUCGGAUUUGAAGGCGGCGGGCGUUCGAAAAUCAACGGCUUCAGUUGAGCCUGGAAGCCCGGGGAGUUGGUUGCGGCGCUGCAGCUGAUCUGCUUCUCCUCAGAACCUAGGAUUUGUUGCCGUUUUGUUUUUUUGUUUUUAAUAAUGGAAGGACCAAAUGCAUUCAAGACACCUAGCAAAUUAUCUGACAAGAAGAAAUCUUUGUCAUGCUUGACUCCAUCAUCUGUAGCUAUUCCAGCCUCUCCAUUUAUGCAAAAGCUUGGCUAUGGCACUGGGGUAAAUGUUUACCUUAUGAAAAGGUCUCCCAAAGGUUUAUCUCAUUCUCCUUGGGCAGUGAAAAAGAUUAAUUCUAAAUGUAAUGAUCAUUUUCAAAGUAUAUAUCAAAAGAGACUAACUGAUGAAGCUAAGAUUUUGAAAAACCUUCAGCAUCCAAACAUUGUAGGUUAUCGUGCAUAUGCUCAAGCCCAAGAUGGCAGUAUGUGUCUUGCUAUGGAGUAUGGAGGAGAAAAGUCUCUCAACGACUUAAUAGAAGAAAGAAAUACCAAUUGCCACUCUCCUUUCCCAGCUGCUACAAUUCUGAAAGUUGCAUUACACAUGGCUAGGGGAUUAAAGUAUCUACAUCAGGAAAAGAAGCUCCUCCAUGGAGAUAUAAAGUCUUCAAAUGUUGUAAUUAAAGGUGACUUUGAGGCAAUUAAAAUCUGUGAUGUAGGAGUCUCACUACCACUGGAUGAAAAUAUGACUGUGAGUGAUCCUGAGGCACAUUACAUUGGCACAGAACCCUGGAAACCAAAGGAAGCUCUGGAAGAGGGUGGUAUUAUUACUGAUAAAGCUGACAUAUUUGCCUUUGGGUUAACUCUUUGGGAGAUGAUGACCCUAACCAUUCCACACAUUAAUCUUCCAGAGGAUGGUGAUGAAGACAAAACUUUUGAUGAGAGCUUGUUUGAUGAUGAAGCAUACUAUGAAGCAUUGGGAACAAGACCAGCCAUUAAUAUGGAAGAAUUGGAUGAAUCAUAUCAAAAAGUGAUUGAACUGUUUUCUGUUUGCACUAAUGAGAAUCCUAAAGAUCGUCCCUCAGCUGCACACAUUGUUGAAGCUUUGGAAAUGAAUAUGCAAUGAUAUGUAGGGUUCACUUUCUUGUUCUUCUUGUUGUUGUUGCAAACCUUGUGACUGGCUGAUGCAUCAUUACAAUAUUAACAAUCAUACAUUUGUAUAACCAGCUGAAGGCUAUUAUUAUACCAGUAUUUCAUUAUUGAGGUUUCCUGAUAUAAUCUAUUAAGAACUGAAAAGCUUUCUUAGAAAUUGAAUUAGACUCUUAACACUAGGAUGCUCGUUUUCUACUUAUGAUGCUUAUCUUUAAGAAGUGUUGAUGUCAGUGGGUUUUUAUUAUAUUCCACAUGGCCAUAUGUCUACUCAAAAAGUUCAUGGUAAGUUGCUUUACAGGCUUAAAACACUGCCAAUAAAGUGUGGUUAGGCUUGGUUUUUAAUUGUUUGGGGUAAAACGGCCAUUUCAAACAUCUAUAAGGAAAUUAUUAUUUUCUUAUAAAACUCCCACUUUCAAAAGGUUGAUAGAAUUUUAUAGUAUAAAAUAUCUCAGUUCAGGAAGAUUUGCAUAUUUAAAAUUUUUCAUUCUUUUGUUUAUAUUUGCCUGAUGUUGCGAUUAAGCAUAAGCAAUGGAAACUGAGAAAAUUGUUACAUUUUAAAAACAAACCAAAAAAAUAUCCUGGCUGCUUCUCCCAGGAUUCAUUUUCAACAGUGAACAUUUCUUAUUUGCUACAGCUCUCUUUAAACUCUCAGAAUCUCUACUGGAGAGUUUCUAUUUAUAAGUCAUAGAUUCAUGUUUUGGUUAUAAUUUAUUAAACUAUCUUAUCUAAAGUUA